UUAGAGGCUCCUGAGACUGACGCACUCAUUCAGGUGAGAACUCCACGCGUAUACAAGGAACGCGCACCUUCUUCUGAACCAACGUGUCUGGUUUAUAAAGGUUUCUGGACUUGGUACUGGAUUACUUUCGUACUCUCAGCAUUCCUGAAGCUGCACGAAAACCUCUGUUAGCGAAAAAUUGCACAUCCUCAAUGUAACUUCAUAAGAACCCCUUUGAGGAAACUGAAAGGUUUGUUUCAAGUUCUCCCUAUGGUUGGAAGACAGACGUUCCACAUGGAUAGUGGAAAUGGUACCGUGACGAUAAUGGAUGAGAGUCCUGCGUCCAGCCCGAGCUCCAGCCCCAGUCCUGAUAUGGUGUCCUCGGACAGGCGGCGUACGGAGGCCUUGUCUCGCUCCAGGGUAGUCCAGACCAACAGCCUUGGAGGCAGAGGACGACCGGCAGCAGCCAAUGCAGCAAGAGAGAGGAGUCGAGUACAGACGUUACGACAUGCGUUCUUGGAGCUACAAAGAACACUGCCAUCAGUACCACCGGACACCAAAUUAUCCAAGCUCGACGUCUUAAUACUGGCCACCACUUACAUUGCCCAUCUGACGAGAACUCUUCAAGAGGAAGGGAUGGAAGAGGGAGAGAGCACAAGACAAACCGAAGUGUUACAUUCUCUCAAAGGCGAGGGCUAUCUGCACCCAGUUAAAAAAUGGCCAAUGCGGUCCAGGUUGUACGUCGGGGCUACAGGACAGUUUCUGAAUAACUCCGGGCAGGCUGAGAACUCAAACCCAGGCGAAUCAUCGUCUACAACUCAGACAUAAACUUGAACACAUGGCUUUUUCCAGUCCCUUUUAAGGGUCGAGUCCAUUCAAUUCACCAAAAGACAGUAAGAGAGGUUUAUAAAACUGGGCUGAAUUGGAGUUACUUAUUGCUGCCUACCAGACAGCCUCUCACAACCUCAAGGGUGUCUUUGAUAUAUGGCCUUUUUAAAUAUGUAUAUAUGUGUAAGAUAAAUAUGUUAUCUAAGGUAAACACAAAUCAACCUGGAGAGUCACAACAUUGUUUAAACGAGUUAACAAUGUUGGCAACGAGGUGUACAGUAGACAAAACUCUUUAAUAUAUUUGGCCAUAUUGUAUAUACUAUGUUAAAACGUAAAAGUAAUAAUAAAUAAAAUACGUAUCUGUAUUUUCUUCCUGAAACAUGGUGGUUAGUUUCUGCUCUAAAGUCUACAGUUCUGUACUUGUUAUAAAAACAACAGUUUCAAAAAUUCCACAUGUUGAGCUAAUGAGCUUUCAUGCUUGACUUCUUGGCUAUGCACUUUCAGUUAAAACAUUUGCACUAAAUGCAUGUGUGAAUAACUUAACAUUUGUCAUGUGAAGUGGUCUGUCACAAUCUCAACAAUAGUGGUGGAAGCCUUGUCAUUUUUCCCAUUUCUUCAUGUGAAUAGCUGUAAAUACUAUGUGUGUGUAGACAAUGAACUACAAUGUAUGUGUAGAUAAUGAACUGUAAAAUAAAAGGAACAAAUGUGAAAC